UCGCCGCGCUGGAAGCCAUUGCACGGAUUUGGAGCUCCGCGUCCAUUAGUCAGUCGGACGGACGGACGGACGGGCGAACGAACGAACGAACGCGACGCGUGCAGACGCGCGGCGCGCUACGCUCUCGUGACGUGACCGGAGUGUUACAAUGUGGCGACGUGAAAAUAGCGCUCGUGUUGUUUUCCGCGACGGGCUCCAGGUGUUUGUCGCCGCAGGUGUAGAAUGACACCGAGGGUUCCUCCAGAAAAUGGAGUCUCGCUGGAGUCUGGAGAACAAAGGUUGACUUUCUCCUGCUGCCACUGGCCACUGCACGGAGCCGGACGCGCGUUUGGUUUCCCUGAUUUUCCAGGGAGCCCUAAGCGAUGGAAGUGCUGCAGUGCGAUGGCUGUGAUUUCCGUGCAGAGUCGAACGAUGAGCUCAAGGCGCACAUACAGGACGUCCACACAGCCUUCCUGCAGCCCACAGAAGUGGGAGAAGGUGACGAGUCACCCAGACGCUCCAGGUCAAACUCGUUAAACUCCCUCAGCCAAACGGAGGAUGAGGAGGACUUGAACAAUCACAAUAACGACUCGUUAAAAAAGGAAGCAGGCAUCCAGUCCUUUAAUAAAGACCUUGGGCACUUCUCCGGUUCAAAGCAAGCGAAACACAACCAGUCAGCAAAACCUUCGAACAAAACGUCAACUCCAUUUUUCCAGUGCAAGUUCUGUGUGCGGUACUUCAGAUCCAGCUCUCUUCUCAGUGAACACACCAGGAAGGUCCAUGGAGAAGCGAGCGACGAGAGAUCCCUCAAAACUUCCAAGCAGGCCAGCUCCAGCGCCGCGACUUACGAUGGUGUAGGAACGGUCUUUUCCUGCCAGUAUUGCACUUAUAAAUCCCCACACAGAGCACGGAUUCUGAAACACCAGAAAAUGCAUCACAAAGAAGGUCUGCCGGGCCACUCGGCUCCUCCUGUCGAAGCAGAGGUUUUGGAUUUGGACUCCGAGGCCUCCUCCGUCGAAGAGCAGUGUGAAGAGUCGCCGGAGGACGUAGAACGUAAUGUGCUGGAGUCUAUGAUCAAACCCCAGUCAAGAGGAGGCUUUAACUGUGAGUGGUGUGGAUUUCAGACUUCGCAGAGGCAGCAGUUGGCCGAUCACUUGAUGAAGAAGCACCGUAACAUGGUGAAGAUCAUGGUGUCCUUACAGCAGCCCAAAAUGCAGGACGGGAGUGCAGGAUCCAGCAAGUCUGAUUCUGCUUCAUCCAGGAGAAGCACUCCAACAUCCAAUUUAAACCUGAACGAUUUAGCGAGCAACGAAGGUUCCUCCGCAAAUGCCUCGUCAAUCAAAGGAUCUGGCAAUGCAUCACUCAAGGCCACUUCAGGGAUAUCAAGUUUUCAGUACUCACAGCUCACAGCAAAAAUACCUAACAGCACAGGAUCUUCCAUACUGUCAGAGAGAUCGACUUUCACCAUGUCAGAUAUGUCUAGGUCUGGCAUGGAUCUAGAUGCCAGCAUGCUGAAUGAUUCCAGAAGCAGUUCAGAUGAUGAACUCUGUGACUUGGAUGAUCCCAAUUACACAGAGUCAGCUGAGGAUUCUGCUAAGCUGCUUCUGUCAGAAGAGGAUAAUGACCUCCUAGAAACUAAAGGAGUUCCAUUCAAAAGACACAUGAAUAGGUUCCAGUGCCCCUUCUGCUCCUUCUUGACCAUGCACCGACGUAGUAUUUCUCGUCACAUAGAGAACAUACACUUAUCUGGCAAAGCUACGGUGUAUAAAUGUGACGAGUGCCCCUUUCUUUGCACCAACCCACUAAAACUUGACGCGCACAAACAAUGUCACGUUGGGUCUUCCGAAUGGGACUCUAUGGACUUGACCAGUGAAAGCGUAGAUGGUCCGGCUGAACGCUCCGAGCCGGUGAACGGAGGAAACGGCAGCUCUAAAAUCAACGGGAAAAAAUCCAACGCAGUUGAGGAACAGCAGGGUCCUCAUCGGUGCUCACUGUGUAACUUCUCCACCAUUACACUGAAAGGUCUACGUGUCCACCAGCAACACAAACACUCAUACUGUGAUGGAACACAGGUCACGGGUCAAGAGGGCUCGUCCAACGAGCAGCAAGAUUCUGAGUCCGAGUCCUACGGCUCCUCGAGCUUCGUUCAGAAAACUCAGACCUCAAUCCUUGGAUUUUCUACCAAGAAGCAUCUUAUUGGGAAGACGGCAAGAAAGUCCAUCAACGAUUUGCCCUUGGAUCUCUCUCCUGUCAAAAAACGGACAAGGAUUGAUGAAAUUGCAAACAACCUCCAGAGCAAGAUUAGUCAAAGCCAACAGCACGAAGAUGUGAUUAACCUUGAGGAGAUGGAUGAUGACGUGGAGGAGAAUGGCAAUCAUAUCGAUUUAGAAACAAGCAAGGAGAGAGAAACGUCUGAGGCUCGAAGUCAGCACUACACCUUCAACACUCAGCACCUUCAUGUUAGAAAUUCCGGAAGCCUUCAGACAGAGCGUGGGGUCGGGAAAAGAAAGCGCAAUCUGCAGUCCAAACUCGGCUCCAGAAACAUUCCCGUUCAAGUAACCAUUUCUGACGAUGAAGACAAUUAUAGUGCCUCUUUGGAAUCUAAAGAUGCUCAAGAUCAAAGCAGUCAAGAUAGCAGAGAGACGUAUCAAGACAACACCGAGUACAAUACUGAAGAACCUGGGAACCUGUUCUACUGCAAACAUUGCGAGUACCAAAACAAGUCUGCUCGCAGCGUCAGCACACACUACCAGAGGAUGCAUCCUUAUAUCAAGUUUAGCUUUAGAUACAUCCUGGACCCAGAGGAUCAGAGCGCAGUCUUCCGUUGUCUCGAGUGCUUCAUUGAAUAUAACAACUUCAAUGAUCUGCACCAGCACUAUAUGACACACCAUCCAGAAGCAAGUAACGUCUUGAACUUUAACCAACCAGAUCUGGUGUACAUGUGCCGUUUCUGUUCCUACACGAGUCCAAAUGUGCGGAGCCUGAUGCCCCAUUAUCAAAGAAUGCACCCAUCAGUGAAGAUCAACAAUGCCAUGAUCUUCUCAAGCUACAUGGUCGAUCAGCCUCAUAAGGGUGCUACUGAGUCCCAAACACUGAGGGAAAUCUUGAAUUCUGGGCCCAAGAGUUUCAGCUCCACCUCAUCUGGGUCCAGAUCUUCAUCCAGUCCCGCUCUCAAAAGCAUCUGCAAAACGCCAGAAGCAAACACUGAGGCUGAAGCUUUUCGAGAAAGUCUGGGUGGUAACGUGGUGGUGUACGACUGUGACAUCUGCUCUUUCUCAAGUCCCAACAUGCAUUCCGUGCUGGUCCAUUAUCAGAAAAAACACCCCGAGCAAAAGGCCUCGUACUUCCGCAUACAGAAGACCAUGCGGGUCAUAUCUGUUGACCGAGCACAGUUGUCGAGCAAUUCAAACUACAGCCUGACGAGCACCCCCAAGUCUUCAAAUGUCAUCUUGCCUGUGGCUCUGGAUGAAGAUGUUUACUACUGCAAACACUGUGUCUACAACAACCGCUCUGUAGUGGGCGUUCUGGUCCACUAUCAGAAGCGACAUCCGGAGAUUAAGGUGACGGCAAAGUACAUAAAGCAGGCACCCCCAACCCCAGGACUGCUGAAACUUAUGGAUGAGUUACAAAUCGCACCCCCUAAACAGUUUCUGAAGCAAUUCAACAACAACGGAGUUGAAGGGUCCGGUAAUUCCAACACUAAAGGAGCAUCUGACAAAGGGGAACCGGAAAUGCUGUUCUUCUGCCAGCACUGCGACUACGGGAACCGCACUGUGAAGGGGGUCUUGAUUCACUACCAGAAGAAGCACAGGGACGUGAAAGCCAAUGCCGACCUCGUCCGUAGACACACAGCUGUGGUCCGGAGUCAGAGAGAACGAGCGCAGAUGAUCCAAGCGGGAAGUUCCACAUCCACUGCAACUGUAGCUACCGAAGCAGAAAAAUCCAGGUCGUUGCGAUCUUUGAAGUGUAGACACUGUGUGUACACUUCUCCUUAUGUAUAUGCCUUGAAGAAGCAUUUGAAGAAGGAUCAUCCUACUGUGAAGGCCACGGCCAUGACGAUCUUACACUGGGCUUAUCAGGACGGUGUGUUGGAGGCUGGUUAUCACUGUGAGUGGUGCAUAUAUUCCCACGCUGAACCGAGCGGGCUGCUCAUGCAUUACCAAAGACGCCAUCCUGAGCACAACGUCGACUACACCUACAUGGCCAGCAAACUGUGGGCUGGUCCCGAUACUUCCACCAGCAGACAAGCUGGGAACUCUGAAACGAAGCAUUACCAAUGCAGAGAUUGUGCCUUUGAGGCGUGCUCCAUCUGGGACAUUACUAAUCAUUACCAAGCGGUACACCCUUGGGCCAUCAAAGGUGACGAGUCUGUCCUGCUCGACAUUAUCAAGGGGAACCAGGCACCUGAUAAGAUGCUCCAGCAGCUGCCCAAAGGACACGUUUCGAUGUCCAGUCCGUUCAGCAACAGCAACCAGCAGGAAGAGGCUGCAGUUGAAGUCAGCCGCCCAACACAUGAGCGACAACCUAAUCUCUCUCUGUCUGCAACGUCAUCCAUCUCAAACAACCCUUACCAGUGCACCGUGUGCUUGUCUGAGUACAACAGUCUCCAUGGGCUUCUGACCCACUAUGGCAAAAAACACCCGGGCAUGAAAGUGAAAGCUGCUGACUUUGCUCAGGAAGCAGACAUCAACCCUAGCUCUGUUUACAAGUGCAGACACUGUCCGUACGUGAACUCUCGCAUCCACGGAGUUCUCACACACUACCAGAAGCGUCAUCCUUCCAUCAAAGUCACUGCCGAAGACUUUGCCGACGACGUUGAGCAGGUUCACGAGUUGACUAGCGAGGGGGAUGAGCGAUCUAAAACCCAGAGGCAGGGCUACGGCGCUUACCGCUGCAAGAUGUGCCCUUACACGCAUGGCACUCUGGAGAAGCUCAAGAUACACUAUGAGAAAUAUCAUAACCAGUCUGCUGCAGACAUGUUCAAAGCAAACGCUACCCAGUCGCCGACCAGAAGGGACGAUUCGGUUGCCGAAUGCAGUAGCAGCAGUGUGACCGAAGUCUCUGAGGUCUGCGAAUACGACCUCACGCUUCCCGAAGCCGCAAAGAGCGACAAGCAUGCGGUGUUUAAAUGUCAGCUGUGCAAAUACUUCUGCUCCACGCGGAAAGGUAUCGCUCGUCACUACCGUAUCAAGCAUAACAAUGUCAGAGCGCAGCCCGAAGGGAAGAACAAUGUGUUCAAAUGUGCCCUCUGCUCCUACACCAACCCCAUCCGCAAAGGCCUCGCAGCACACUACCAGAAACGGCACGACAUUGAUGCUUACUACACGCAUUGCUUGGCCGCUUCCAAGACGGUGGGGGAGAAACCGAACAAGGUGAUGGUGCCCCUGGCAUCAGAUGCAGAGCCUCCAGCAAUGAGCGAAGAGCUAAGGCUUGCGGUGGACCGGAGGAAAUGUUCGCUCUGCUCCUUCCAGGCUUUCAGCAGGAAGAGUAUCGUUUCUCAUUACAUAAAGCGCCACCCAGGAGUCUUUCCCAAGAAGCAGCCCUCCAGCAAACUGGGCCGUUACUUCACUGUGAUCUAUUCCAAGGAGGCGGAGAAACCUCUAUCCACGGAGGAGGUGGAAAUCGUUGAAGUUAAGGAUGAGGUGGAACCUGAAGGUGACACGGACUGGCUACCCUUCAAAUGCAUGAAAUGCUUCAAGCUUUCGUUCAGUGCGGCAGAGCUGCUGGUGAUGCAUUACAACGACUGCCACGACAAGGAACUCAAGCGGGAUUUCGUCACCAUUCCGAGCCCUGCGGAGGAUGGGACGGAGCUCUACCAGUGCACCCACUGUGAAAUCAAGUUCUUGACUCUUCCAGAGCUCAGCCUCCAUCUGAUGAACCACAAUGAGGAUUUCCAGAAAAGAGCCAUGAGGCUGGAACGAAGAAAACAGCUUCAAAGCAAGCAGAAGACGACAGAGCCGCCAGAAGCCAAACCAGAGAAUAAGGUGGACGGCACACCCGAUAAGACUCCCAUCGGCUACAGGUGCAACUUCUGCGUGGAGGUCCACCCCACCCUUCGGGCCAUCUGCAACCAUCUGAGAAAGCAUGUGCAGUACGGGGAGGCCAAGGAGGGACACGUGAAGCAGGAAACAGCAGAGAUGCCUGUUGCUGUUCCCGUGGAAGGAAUCACCAACGGGAACGUGGAGGAUGUGGUUGCCAUGGACGCUGACCCAUUGGAGACUGGCGCAUCACCGGCUGACGUCGCUAUGGAGACAGUGGAGCCGGUGGCUGUGGAAACGGAGGCGAUGGUUGGCGCGCUGGAGCCGGAGAAGGAGCGAGUGGUUCCCGGGCACCCGUGCAGCAUGUGCAACCGCAUGUUCAUGUCCAUGCAGGGCCUGCGCUCUCACGAGAGGAGCCACUCAGCAGUAGCUCUCGUUAACAGAAACGACAAAUACAGCUGCCAGUACUGUCAGUUCGCCUCGCCGUUCAGACACAAUCUGGACCGUCACGUCCAGUCACACCACGGACAUCAGAAGCCCUUCCGCUGCAAGUUUUGCCCCUUUAAAUCCUCCUACCUGAGCCGCCUCAAGAGCCACCUGCACAAAGCACACGCAGGUGAACACCCGUAUAAGUGCAUCUCGUGUCCGUUCUCCACCAUGACCAUCAGUCAGCUGAAGGAGCAUUCACUGCAGGAACACGGAGAGACGCUCACGCUGCCCAAACUCAAAGCCGGAGCCACGCUGCGCUCCACACGACCGGAACACAACACCGAACACGACGACCAGAACACGGGCCUCAACCCACAGUGCACCGAGUCUGCGGGGUAUCUGGAGCCAGCAGAUGUUCAGCAGCAGUUGAGUCACUUCCAGCUGGCGUCUCGCGUCCAGCCCGACGUUUCCACUAGUCCGUCUGCCGCCGUGCCGCCGCCGCUCGAGGGUCCCGUUCCGCAGGCCCGGCCUGACUCCAUCCUCACCUGCGAGUUCUGCGAGUUCAGCUCCGGCUACAUGCAGAGUCUGCGCAGACAUUACCGCGACCGGCACGGAGGAAAGAAGCUCUUCAAAUGCAAAGACUGCUCCUUCUUCACCUGCUACAAGUCCACGUUCACGCUGCAUGUGGAAGGCGGUCACACCAGCGGCCCAGAGGAGACGCCCAAAGAUCUGCGCUGCCCCUUCUGUCUGUACCACACUAAACACAAGAGCAGCAUGAUCGACCACAUCGUCCUGCACAGAGAGGAGCGCGUGGUCCCGCUGGAGGUGUCUCGCUCGAAGCUGUCGCGUCAUCUGGAGGGCGUGGUGUUCCGCUGUCACAAAUGCACCUUUACGUGUUCCAGCGAGCAGAAUCUGCAGCAGCACAUCCAGAAACACGAGGAGCUGAAGCCCUACCAGUGUCAGCUCUGCUACUACGACAGCAAACUCCUGCACGAGCUGGAGAUCCACCUGCGCGAGGAGCACAAGGUGAUCCGUAACUUUGAGCUGGUGGGACGGGUGAACCUGGACCAGCUGGAGCUGAUGAAGGACAAGGUGAAGGACGUGAGCAGCAGCGAGGAGGAAGAAAGAGGAGAAGACGAGACCGUAGAGGAGGCAGAUGAAGAGGAGGAGGAGGAGGAGGAGGAAGAGGAGGAAGAGCUAAUGGAGGAGGAAGAGGAGGAGAAGCUUCCGGAGAGCAAACAGAAAGAGACGAGCAGCCAGACGGAGGUGACAGAAGGUCAGAGCUGUUUUGUUGUAUUUCCUGGUGAAGCAGGCGUUGCGGUUGAGGAGUCUCCCAGCAGCAGCGCCGUCAAACGCUAUCCGUGCGAGUUCUGCGGCCGCACCUUCACGCUCAGCACCGAAUGGGAGCGACACGUCCUUCGACACGGCAUGACUGUUAACGGCAACAAGAAAGACGGCAGUCCUGUGCCCUCGUCAGCGCUGCCUCUGAUUGGUCCGGCGGCUGUGACUGACAGAGGGCUGGACCUAUCCAGUAACACUGUGGAUCAGUCUGACCAAUCCAAGUGUCCGAUUCAGAACGAGGAAGACAAAAAGACGCUGGAGACCAAAAACGACCCUUAGGAGCAAAACGAAAGCUGUAGAGAAACACGUCAGUCGAGAAUGUCAUGCGUUCUGUUGUUUCGUCCGUCUGUUCAUCGUUUGUUUUGUUGCAGAACAACAUCGGCUGCUUCUUGAGUAUUUGGUUUAAAAAGCUAGAUUUGUGGAAAGUGAUGAUCCGGUUUGGAGUAUCGCUAGAUGUUGAUGUUUCACGUUUGUUCAGUUGCUGAAUCUUACACUGAAUUUUACAAAGUGUGACUUGGUCCCUCAGGACAGAUGUUGAUAUAUUGGUAACCAAUAGUGAAUGAAACCGCGAGUCGAUGUUCCGUUUGAAUCGCGAGUCCCUCCGAUCGCCGGUUCAUCCGUAAGCCAGAGAUUUUAAUUUCAAACCCUCAUUUCCUCGAUGCACUUUUUCGUUACAUUCGUUAAAAAUAAGCAUACGUAAUGAACAAUACGUAAGGAAUCGAAUGUCUUCCGCGGCGGCGAUCGCACACGCUGAUAGUCUUGAAGACGGCGUGCCGCGAUUUACGUCCGUUUCAAACGAGAGACGAUCCAUCCGGAAGCUUCUCGGCCGGCGGGAGGGGCUCGGAUUCGCUCGGAACGUCGCCUGGCGGUUUCUGUUUUUUUACAUUUUAGCCUUGUGUUAAUCUUCCUGUAGCUGAAUUCCUUGAGGAAUAGUUGUCAUCUUAUUUAUCUAGAUCGUUUGAUUCUUUUAGACAUGAUUUUAGAGUAUCAACACUUGCCCCAAAAACUCGUAGCAAAUUGCUACUUUUGAAGAUUUCGGCCACUUCCGGCUCGUCUUGCACUUCCGCUUCACUUUAAUAACGAUGGCCGUCCGUUGGUCCGGAGACGCGUUGGACAUCGAUGGAUCGCAAUCACGUGUUUCUGCCGAUCGGCCGAUUCUGACGAGUCUGUUUAAAGGAAUAUUCUGGGUUCAAAACACGCUUACAAUCAUAUUUAGGCCUAAAGAUGCAGAAAUGAAACAGACCAGAAUUUUGCAUCAGUGUUUAGUAUCAUUAAGAUACUAUAAUAGUUUUUGUCAUAUUUAAAGUAACAUUUUGAAUUAGUUUUACAUAAUCAUGGCAUAGUUUAUUAACUAUUUGGAACGAUUUCUUUUAAAUAAUUAUAUUUUUGAAAUGCAUACGUUCGUAUCUGUUGAGUAAAUAUGCAUCGCUUUUUGUUUACAUUAAAACUGUUGUUUUUUUUAAUUCAGUACAUAACUACUAAAUUUAGGCCUAAAUAUUUUUGGAGUGCAAACCGUUGAAAACUCACAGAAAUGCUAAAAUACGGAGUGUGUUUUUCACUGGAGCAAAGAUGUUUGACUCUGAAGAUGAUCUGCUGAAGGACGAGUGUGAACGGCACCGGUUCUGGUUCUUGAACUCGGAUUGUUCCUUUAAACGGGAAGUUCAGCAUAAUAAGACUCGAGGCUUCUGUCGUUUCCAGACGCUCGUUUGACCGCCACGUUUGUGGAGAAACGCCGCGAAGCCGUCGUACAGUAAGGCUGAGAUUGUACGUGAUGGAAGCUGCUGCUCGAAAACCCCAAAGCCUUAUAGACGCGGAUGUUUGACGCUCCGAACGCUUCCCUUCCGGAUCCACCGAGCAGAAGCUCUCAAGCAGUAUCCGUCAUUUGAAUUCCCUCACGAAAACGGAAAACGAACCUCUUCUCGCUACCAAAAGUGUCGCUUCCCAAAGUUUUUCCUGAGAUACGAUUGUCUUUCCCGAGCAAUGACCGGACGUUGCUGAGGGCCGACCCAGGUGCGUUCUGGGAAAUCUGCAUGCCGUUUUGCAGCCGUGUAUAAACUCGAAGCUCCUCAUCGGUAAGUGUUUGAAACUGUGGUUUCUGUUUCGGAAAGGGGUCUGUUCCUUUAAGUGUUGUUCUGAUAUUUAACUUAACAAACAAAAAAGACAAGAAUAGAAAGAAAGAAAAAUACAAAUCGAUAGAAGACGUUUCUUUCGUUUUUUUUUAGCUCUCCGCUGUUCAAAGCUGUUGUAAAUUGUCUGGUUAAGAAUUAAAAAAAAAAAAACACACGAUAAAAAACUCUUUUGUACCCUCGAACCCCUCCAUGUCCUUCAUAAGGAGUAGGCCAGCCUUUCUGAAGAAGCGUGUAGAGAAGCAUCAGAAAUAAGCUUUGAAGAGUCGGCGGCGUCCGCUAUCGUAACACACUGGAUAUCUGUAAAUAGAUGCGCUUUAGUUUCUAUCGUUUCCCUUUAAUUCUCUCCUCCUGUUGAAGGUGCGCCAUCGUUGACCUUGACUAGAUCUCCUGCGUUUGGCCUUUUCUUCUGUGAAUCUCCUGAUGAUUUCUGAUGGUGGCUUGUGAUGUCGACUAGACUGGUUGUUUACAGUUUUAUUCCUUUGAUUUCUCUAUAUUCUGUAAAUAUUGUAAUUCAUUGUCUUUUUUUAACUUGGUAAUAAAGUUAUCAGAUAACCUAAA